CAGGAACUGGAUUGACCAUGACAUGUGACAGAUUAAAAACUUGAACCGAACAAAUUUUCUGUUUACAGAGGAAUCGUGAACUGGACAGCGGGUUAGCGUUUAAUAAGAAGAUAGAUGAUGAAGUUAAAGAUCAAAAGGUAGCUACACCAUGAGUAUCGGACAGAGGGGCCAAGUUGACCAACCAAUGCUUUCAACGGCACAGCCAAACUCCUCCUGUAAACUGCAAGUUAAACGCUCAGAGUCCCAAAAUAACAUCACCAUUCAUUUCUCUGCUCUUGGUAAGGAGGAUGAGGAAGAGUCAUUAUAUGACACAAUCGAGAAUGAGAGUGAAGAGGAUGUAACAGCACUCGAGGCCAAGGAACAUAUUUUUUAUGAAUGUGAAAUUAAUUCUGAAGGGGAAGAUGCUUCAGGUGUACUUUCAGAUGAAUCUAAACCACUACCAUCCAUCUCUAGUCAACACAACACUUUGUGUUUGGAAGAAAGUGUAUCCAUCCCUGUUCAGUUGGGUUCUGCUAUGGCAGCAGAAGAACCUGCUCCCUCAAACCCGUCCCAAUCUUCCCCCUCCAAAUCUGUGUCCUUGCCCUCCAUGGAUAAAGCCUUUCUCAGCCUCAUGAAGUCUCUCUCUAUUGAUGUUGAGCCCCGGGAAGGCAUUCCAGCUCCUCCUUCCAUGCGGCAUCGCAAGCUGAAGAAAGGUCUUGUCAAGUCGUGGUCUACAGACACCAAUCAAGACUCUUCAGGGUCAAACCGCUCAUCAGAGUCUCCGUUACAACUAUUUAGGCAGUUCACUCAGCCUCGGUCCGCAAGUGCCUGGGACUCCAAAACUGCGCCCCUCUCAUCCUUAAUCUCAACUGACAAAAACACUUAUUCUUUUAAAGUAUCUGAGGUGGAAGCCCGUUUUGAGGACACUAAGCGUCGCCUAUCUGAGGUCAUCUCAGACCCCUUAAAUCUUUUCAGUAAAUUAAUUGGGGAUGAAGGUGCAAAUAUCUACAGACCCAAAGCACUUUCAUCCAGUAUGUCAGAGCUUGGAAGUUCUUCCACAAUUUAUGAUCACUUAGAGGGCAACAAAAACUACAGUAUCAAAGAGGAGGAAGACAAUGUGGAAGACAAGCAUACUUCUGGUGUAGUUGAGCUGGCUUUAGCAGAUGAUUCCAGAACUGUGAAACCGACCUCCUCAUCUCUAGAUUUGGAUAAAUGUUCCAUGUCUGCUUUGGCUAAACAAGAGUAUGAAGAGUUUUGUGAGCUUUACAGUGAUGACUUUGAUUCGAAUACAGAACCAGAUGGUGACUGUGAUGGGAUAAAUGGAGUAAGCAAUCAAAGUUUAGACAUGGUCAGUGAAGAUGACCUGGAUGUAGAACCAACUUCACGCAUCCCAUACAAAACUUUACUGGGUUUGACUGUAAUGAUUUAUGGAUAUUUUGUGCUGCCUUUUCCCCCCUAUGUUUGUGGUAUUUUCAUGGGGGUAGCACUGGGGUUUAUGUUAACCAUUGGUGCUGUGUGGUUAUCAGGCCCCAAACAAACUGGAAAAGCAAAUCGAUUUCAGAAGAGAUUUUGGAACGUCGCUCAUCUGGAUAUCAAGGAGCCAGAUAUAUUCAAGGGCUGGAUGAAUGAGAUUCAGGACUAUGACCCAGAAACCUAUCAUGCAACUAUGACUCGUUCUGUGUUUGUGCGUCUGGAGGGCUCAAUGCUGCGCCUUUCUACACCUAGUAAGAAUAUUCCAAGACGAGCCUCUUAUGCCGAACCCAAACCAGAUGUAACGCAUAUCAGUCAGAAAAUCUACGAGCUCACAGACAGCAAGGUUUUCCUGGUUCCCCAAAGCCUUGCCAGAAAGCGCAUUUGGAACAAAAAGUAUCCAAUCUGCAUUGAGCUAGGAAAACAGGAGGACUUUAUAUCUAAAGCAGAGGGAGAACAUUCUGAAAUAUCAAAGGAAGGAGAAAUCGAAGAGACCUUUGUCACUCUUUACCUAUUUGGAAGAACAGGCAGAGAAAAAGAAGAAUGGUUCAGGAGGAUCUUAUUAGCAUCCAAGCACAAGUCUGAGGCACCACAAAAGGUCUCAAGUUUACCAGAAAGCAAGAGCUCUCUGCCAUUGUCAUACAGCAGUAGCAGUCGAGACCUGGAUGAGUUGACAGUCAGUGCCAAACAUAAACCCCUCAUGGACUAUAACACCUAUAUGGCCAAAUACAUGUCACCACAGACAGCCAACAGUGUAGCUGCCAGCCCUAUGCAGAGUCAACAUAAUAGCCCUGAAUUGAGCAAAAAGUUACCAAGCAGCCCUGUAAAUGAGGACAGUUCUGUUUCUUGGCUCAAUGCUAUCGUAGGUCGCAUUGCUUGGGAUUUCUUAAGGGAGAAGGAAUGGGUUGACUUUGUGUCCAAAAAGAUACAGAUGAAAUUAAGUAAAAUUCGUUUGCCAUACUUCAUGAAUGAACUAAAGCUCACAGAGCUGGACAUGGGGCACAGUACUCCUAGAAUCCUCUCAUCCUCCCAGCCUUCAGUGGAUCAUCAAGGUCUAUGGGUUGAUUUGGAGAUCUCAUACAAGGGCUCUUUUCUCAUGACCCUUGAGACGAAGAUGAAUCUUGUCAGACUCGGGAAGGAGGGUGAGGGUCCUGGCGAGAUCGGCAAAGAAGGGAUAAGGCCACGUACUUACUGCCUGGCAGACAGUGAUGAAGAGUCGUCCAGUGCAGGUUCAUCAGAUGAAGAGGAAACGGCUGAAAAUUUCUCAGAUAAAAGCAUUCCAUUAGGAGCUGAGGGGUACAUUGGGAUCCACAAGCCAAGCAAGAUAAUGCGCUUUGUUGACAAAAUAGCCAAAAACAAGUAUUUCAAAAAAGCCACAGAAACUGAAUUCAUUAAGAAGAAAAUGGAGGAAGUUUCCAACACGCCACUAUUAUUGACUGUAGAGUUACGGGAGUGCAGAGGGAUUCUGGCUGUUAACAUACCCCCUCCGCCCACUGACAGGAUAUGGUAUGGCUUCCGUAGUCCUCCACAUUUGGAGCUGAAGGCUCAGCCAAAGCUGGGGGAAAGAAAGGUCACCCUUGCUCCUGUGACUGACUGGAUAGAAAAUAAACUGGAUAAGGAGUUUCAGAAACUACUAGUUAUGCCUAAUAUGGAUGAUGUUUGGCUCGAUAUCAUGCAUUCAGCAACUGAUACUCGUUCCGGUACAUCAGAUGCAAAGAGUGGGCAGAAUGCUUCAGAGGCUGAAAUUUUGGGAUCCGAAGAUGCCUGAAGGAGCUCAUUUAAAAAAUCAGGAGGGUGGCAGUUAUCUCCUAUCGCAGUUAUUCUUUCCAAUUAAUUUCUCAGUCUGAAAGGUGGGUCUUAUUAAUGCAGCCAUGGUUUCUUUUGCAGUAUGCACAUAUAAUAAAGCCAUGAAGGAUUUCUGCUUGUCAAUUUAUUUAUAAACAGGUGAUUUAUGAAGAGUUUUCCCAUUAUUUUGUCUGCUUUAUGUGGUUAUUGGUAAUGCAGAUUGUAUUAAGUCAGGUAAACACCUCAUUCUAGAAGAAGGACAAAAUAGAAACAGUUAAUUUUUACAAGUGGACCAAAAUGUGAUUGUAAGAAAUAGGGCAGUACUCUUUUGAAUGAUAAAAACUGCCACUUGGUACAGUUUUUGACACAAUAUACUGGCUACCAUUUGUUAUUUUUUACCAUUUAUAGUGUGUCUGUUUCUAAGUAUUGUAAGUACUUUAGGGAAAUGUAAAGUCGUUCGUGAGUCUACAAAUUUGGAAGUUAAAUUUGAUUUGAGGAGAGUUUAUGUAAUUGUACUUUAUCGUUGUCUAUAUCCUAACACUGUAUCAGUAUAAUAAAAUGCAUUACAAUACUAUUACGAUGAAAUCAGCCAUAAUGGCACAUAACUACAGAGCAAGAUCUUUUUAAAGCAGUUGCACUUCUGAGUUAUCAAGUGAUGGAUAUGCAUAGAUUUUGAUCCGUAACAUAGCUCAUCCAUAAAUUCUGUCUAUUACAUUUAAACAUUGUAGUUUAUUUUAGAACGUCACUUACAACAAAUUCUUAAUCUUGGAAGCUGCCUUAUUGAGUUUUAGAACACAGACAUUUAAUUUGUCCAUGGGUUUCAAUAGACUAGAGUUUAUUGGUUUUGACCCAUAGACCAAAAUGUGCAAGUAAAGAUAUACAUAUUCCUUAUUUCAUAUUUAGUAACACUUACCUUAGCAGUCAAUUUACAAUAAUAACCAUUAACAAUGCAAUUUAACCACAAACAUAUAUACAUUUCUAGAUUUAGUUCCAAAUCUCAUUUUGAAUUAUCAUUUUAGUAUUGUGCAAUUAUUAUUCGGCAGUUGUUAAAAAACAGAUGUGACUUUAUUGCAGAACAAAACACUAUGUAUUACUUCAUAUUUAAACAUUUUAUUUACCUUUUGCUUAACUUAGCUUGGAUUUGUUCUUCAAUUUUAAUAUAACACCAAAACCUUAUGAAUUGCAGCCAGCUCUACAAAGUACAGUAUGUAACACUGCACUUAUUCUUCAUGACAGUGAGUCACGAUAGUCACAAAACCGCAAAGAAUUAAUUGUUGCGUACUGGACUUUUAUGUAGAUGUAUGUAUGUAGGUGUUUGUAAUAUGUUUGUUUUUAAGUACAAAUAAUAUAUAUACAGUAAACGGAGUGUUAUUUUUAAGAAUGAUUGUAAAAUAUUACAUUUGACAAAUGUUAAUUUAUAGAGAUAUGCAAUUAAUGCACAAAUAUGUUCGAAAACUGAUUGUAAAUAUAGCCAUUUUUGCCUAUUUUGAAUACGUUGACCUUUUUUGUUCUGCUAAGCAUUCCAAUGGUUCAUAGGGUUUUAUAGGUCUGUAAGAACAGUAGACAACUGCCAAAUUUGUUGUUGUUCUACCACUUUCUAAAAUUAAAAGGAUAGUUCACCCAAAAAUGUAACACUUUUCAUCAUUUAUUCACCCUCAUGUCAUUCCAAACCUGUACAGCUUACUUCUGCAGAACACAAAAGAGAAAAAUGGUGAUCACGAAAAAACACUGGUCCCUACUGUAUCAACACUAAACAUUUCUUAAAUUAUCUAAUGGUGAAAUACACGUUUUGAAAAACAUGACAGUGAAUAAAUGAUAACAUUAUUUCUUUGUGAACUGUCCAUUUAAUUGUAAGUUAAACAAUCAAAGCAAACAACUGAAAUUGUUCAACAAUGAAAAAUCCCACCCCCACGUUUUGAUGCUUUUGUGAGGUUAGAAGUGGAGUUUUAGUAUUAACGACACAUUCUGGCCACAUGCCUUGUUUACAAGUAAUUAAAUGUAUUGCCUUUCAAACCAAAAUGUACAGAAUCGCUGUAUGUUGUGUUGAAUGUUAUCAAAACCGUAAUGAUUCAGUUUUGAUUUAUUUUACUUGAAACUCCAAGUUUUGCCUUAAUGUAUGUGGUUGUUGAUAUUAUUUUUGUGCGGGUGCUUAUAUUGGACAACAAAGAGCUGUUGUGUACAGUAAUUUUACGAAACUUGGAUGACCACAAAGCCAUGAACAUUCAAUUUUCUUUAUGAUUAGUUUCGAUAAGAGUAAUUCUGUGUUGAAUGAUAGGAUCAUUUUAUUUUUCUAGCUUUUUUCUUUUUGUCUAAAAUGUAAACGGUAUUGAUCUUAUUCCCAAGUGUAAGUGGCUCUUGUAGGAUAUUUCUGAAUUACUGUACACGUGAUAAUGACUCUUUUGUGAUUGAUUCUAAAUCAGUGGGGGAAUCACAGAGACAGGCAAACCUUCGGGGUAGUUUAUUGAUUUGAGUAGAAUGUACAUAAAAUUAAAGAAAAAUUACUGAAAUAAAACGUGUUCUUCCCUGUGCAUUUUAUUUUUGAUAGGGAAAAGCAAGAUUAGACUGUCCAAUUUUCUGUUGUGAUUAAUUUUAAUGUUAUUAAAAGGUUACAAAAACA